ACAACAAGUUAAAUGUUUAAUACUUUAAAAAGUAAGCUGAAAUAAUAUAUCAACAUUGUUAUUCCAUUGAGUUUGGAUUGUUUUAUCAAUUUUAAAAAAAAAACUCGAAAAUCAACACCAUGCUCCUAAAAAAGCAAAACGACUUCAAAACAAACGUGAAACAAACCACAUCAGAUGAUGGCGAUUCGUGUGGUAUAAGUGAGUUAAGCGGACGUGAGUACGCUUCGAUGUCAUCAAUGAAACAAAAAGACAAAGAUAAGUUAGGUUACGAUGUGCUAUCUGUGAAAAUGGAAGACUGUGAUAGAACCAACGUAAAUUUAUGUCAACUUCCUUAUGCGGUCACUCAGUCCCUAAUGAGGUCAAUGGACACAGACAAAGGCUGGGAGACGUUAGCUUCAGAGGCAGAGUACACAUUUGAACGUAUGCAGCUACUAUCCCUGAAGCAAUUCCAAGAAAGUGGGAGUCCAACCCGCUGCCUCCUGUGGGAGCUGGGUUGUGCAGGCUACAAAGUCAGAACCUUGUAUGAAAAACUGCAAAAGGCUGGAAGACGUAGAGAAAUGCAAAUCUUGGAGGAGUAUGUGAAAGGAAGUGAUCAAGAAGCAAAAGCAUCUAGUUUUUCUAAGCCUUCAUCAAUGAGUUCCUUACCAAGUCAAUUAAGUCAGCUAAAAUUUUCUACAGGCAACAAGUCACCUCCAGAGAGUGGCUUCAGCUGUUCAGGCACUGAGGUGAACUUCAACCAACCUUCUCUUAUAAACCAAAGCCAGGCCAAGGCAGCCAAGAAUUAUGACGACAAGGUUAUACCUGGAACUCUCAGUCCAGGACUAGGGCCCACCUCUCAGGCUAGUCAGAGUUGUGCAUCCCACAACAGUCCCCAAGCUUUCAAUGGCUCCCUAACCUCCCUGCCUGGGAGACUUCAGCCAACGGAAUCAUCUGAUCAGUGUUCUGGCUCCAGGUCUCUGCCUUCUUCCAAUCACUCAACAGCCAGCAGCUUGACUUCACCCACCACAGGAGCAGAUACUUUGAAACAAAUGCUGCACACCUCCCUUCAGCAGGCCGAGCUAGCCGCACCUGCCUCCAAGCUGCCCACCAGGCUAAACGACAUAGCUGUACACAACAGAGUCCCUCACAGUGUUUACAAUGACAAUGUCCCUAAAGCAAGUCCCCAAAAAAGCAGUGGCUCCCCCCAGAUAAACAACAUGAGGAGAGAGGAAGAUCUAGCCAUGGCGGUCAAGACAGUCUUCAGCUACCAGGACAUGCUGAUUGCCACAGCCAACUUUAACCAGAACAACCUGUUGGGGGAGGGCAACUUUGGCCGGGUGUACAAGGGCAGCCUGAGACACAUGGACUGUGCCAUCAAGCUGCUCAAGGCACAGGCAGCAAGUGAAACAACGGACAAGCUCAAUCAGAUCAGGACAGAGCUAACCACUUUGUUGAAGUACCAGCAUGAAAACAUCCUGACACUGUAUGGCUAUGCUCUAGAUGGGCCACAACUCUGCCUGGUUUACCAGUUUUUAAGCAAUGGUUCACUAGAAGACAGGCUCUCACAGAAAGGUGGAACUGGCCCAUUGUGCUGGGAGAGGAGGCUGAACAUCCUUCAUGGCUGUUGUAAGGGCAUCAACUUCCUUCAUACCAUGGGAGACAAACCCCUGAUUCAUGGUGAUAUCAAGAGUGCCAAUAUACUGUUAGACCAAUAUUUAGAAGCCAAAAUAGCAGACCUGGGUCAGGCCAAGUACGCCACGGGGACCAGCUCCACCACGGGCAGCAUGGGCUUCACCCACUUCACCAUGGCAGACACCUCCAGCAAACUCUUCACAACCAAAGCCUACCAAGCCCCUGAGCUGCUCAGUGCACCAGGGAUGCAGACAUUGUCAAUCAAGUCUGAUAUUUUUGCUCUGGGUGUGGUAUUUCUGGAGGUGUGUAGUGGUUUGAAGCCCCUAGACAGCAACAGAACAGAGUAUCAUUUUCUUACAGACUAUUUCAAUCAAUACAUAGCACAAAAGCAUCCUUCUGAAUGGGUCUCUGAGUUUAAAGACAAAAACAUAUUCCAUCUUGAUGAGUAUUCUUUUGUGAAAGUAUUGGAGCAGGCAAGGAAAUGCAUUAGCAAUAUGAAAAAGCUAAGACCAGACAGCAUUAGGUUGCUUAAUGCCAUGAAAGAUAUUUGUACCAAUUUCUCACUAGCAGAUCCAGAUCAGUCAUGUAUGUCCACGUCCAGCUCUGUGCAACAAUCCUCCCGUUUCACAUCCGUAUCCAGACACUUAUCCAGCUCACCCUCUUCCUACGCCCCAACAAAGCAAACCCCUCAACAACUUCAGUCUGAGAAACUAGAGCACUACUCCCAGUUCUCCAACACCUUUGAUGGCGUCAGCAGUUCCCGCCAUUCUGAAAGCCAAGAGAAAAAAGAUCUCCCUGUGCCUUUGAUGCUGCAGGUUGCCUACGACAACCAGCCUGAGAGAAAACCCAUCUCAAGGUUGUCUGGGGUUUUAGGGUCACAGGUCAAUCGUGAAAACAUCCCUCCUGCCGGUGAUCACAUGAUGUUUAUCAACCUGCCCUCGGAUCCCAAAAAACUUGCUGCGCUGGGAGUGGAUGCGAACACAGAAUAUCCCCAGGACAUUAGCGAGACCACAUAUCCUUGCGACCCUGCCAAGUUGGCUGUGUUACAGGAGUUUGACAAGCUACCCACUUUAUAUUCCAGUUCCAGCAGUCAGUACACCAAGCAAGUAUCCACUGAGGGUCAGUGCAGUCCCACCUCUCUACAGGAUAACCUUCUAAAUGUUACUUGUGGUCAUUUUCCAAGUGACUAUGACACAUCUCACAUGCAGAAUGCCACAGAAUCCAAUGCAGGAAUGUCCACUAGUUCAGCAGUUUCUCUUUCAGAUAAAAAGAAAUUGGAUUUUAAUAUGAUAUGUGCGUAUAUGCAGAUGAGAGAUGGAGGUGAGUUUGAGGAUGAUGAUGCUGAACCCAAUGGGUGUUGAAAGUGAACUUGUUUCCAUAACUGGACUGGGCAAAAAAAAAAGAUUGAAGCUUUUGAAAAUGUGUCUUUCAUGAGAAAUGUAAAUACUUUAUUUUCUCCAAUUUUUUUUGUUUUUGUAAAAGUUACUUUUUACACACAUUAGCUACUUGUAAUGUUUAAUGUUAACAGCUAUAAAAAUUAAAUAAAAAAUCUUUUUUUAACAUCAAAUAAACUAAUACAUCCUUUUGAUUGUAAUGCUAAUGGCUUACUUUGUAUAACUAAGCACCACCAACUCAUUAUUUAAAAAUUUUCUGGAGCUUUUUAAAAAUGCUGUAUUUGUUAAGUCAAGCACUCAGGAGCUAACUGUAGCUAUAUGAUCUUUUUUUUUUUACCCACCCCAUCCAUCACUGCAAACAAUUACCUGCUCUACAAUAAAAACAAUGUAGCUUGGUUAGAGCUCUCUUAUAGAAGGGAGACCACUCAAUAUUUAUUUUAGUAAAAAUUCAUUGUAUUUGCCUUUACUAUCCCUAACAUGAGUCAGAUAUCCAAACUAAAGACUUUCAGGUUAGCAGUUGAACCUGAUUCAGCCAUGCCGUUUUAUUUGCUUUAAGCUUGGUGUAAAUAUUAGCUGCUGUUAGUAAAUGUGCCUUACAGAUGACGCUGGGUGUACAAAUCAUUUUUCUUCUGUGCUGUCAAACAUUUUAUUUUUUUGUAAUUUGUGUUAAGUUUACAAUUGUGUAAAGACUGUAUAUAAUCAUGUUCUUCUUGUGAUCUUAUUAUCUAUUUAUAUUUAGAAUUUGUAUCAAAUUCACCCUAGUUGUAAUAAGGACAGUAUUAAGCUGUUGUUUUUUCUGUCAUCUACAUUGUUUAGUUACAAACUUCUGAGAUUCUUCUUCAUCUUCCUUCUUAAUUAUUAGUGUUGAAGGGGGGUCGAGAUUUAUCUGCCAGUGGGUUUGAACUCGACUUUGUUUGAAUUUAUCAACCAUGAGCUUUUUGCCGACUCGAACACGCCUUCAACACAAUUAAGCGUUACGUGUCAACUGGUUAUGCGCCAUUGACUCCGAUUUCAGCCUGCUUUUCUUUUUGGAUUUGCUUCCAUAGCCUUUGUCCAACCAAGAACAAACUACAAGGCAGCAGGUGUUUAAUUUUGGAGUUGUCUCUCCUAGAAGAGUGGCUGUCCCCAGCUAAUGAGCCUCAUCUGCCCGAGGGUUCGAACUUGAGACUUUUCGGUUUAGCAACCAUGAGUUUUACCGACUCGACCACGCCGACCCCUACUUCUGAGAUUAAAUUUACUAUAUAUUACUAUGCUGUUGAUUCAUUGAGAAAACAGGUUAGUCUGUGAUAUGGAUUAAAAUAAUUCUUCAGGUGUUCAUUAAUUAUCAUGUAGAUCUAUAUUAUGAGAAGAACUUUGGGAAUAACUUUGGUAUUUGAUUAAGUAUAAAUUGUGUAUAAAAUAAUUGUGAUCAGUGCUUUGGCUUCCAAGAAAGUAAUCAGCUGAGAUAUUUUUUUUCAAGACUUGAAUUAGUAUUGGCAUAUUAACACACCCUUUUAACCUGGACUACAAAUUUUUGUUGUCAAAUGCAGUGUUGUCAUUGUUAGUUUUCUACAAUAACCUUUCAUUUUCAUGUAUGCAGACUCAGUGAUGUGUAGAUUGUUAAUGUACUGAAAUUUAAUAUACAAUUAAAGCAUAAAAUAAUCUG